GAAUUCUGUGAACGUUAUCGCUGGUGAAAUGAAAAAUCCUUCACGAGAUCUUCCACGCAUAAUCAUGAUCGGUUUACCAAUUGAUUUUGGCCGAAAAAUGUUUGGAUCUAUAGGUGGUAUCCUUUUCGCACUCUGUGUGGCUGCUAGUUGCUUUGGAGCUGCGAAUGGUGGAAUGUUUACGGGUUCAAGGCUAAUAUAUGUUGCCGGACGUGAAGGAUAUUUACCUUCUCUGUUCGGUAAAGUGCAUGAUAAAUGGAAUACUCCAACAGCAGCAAUAGUUAUGCAGGCAACGUUAACAAUUAUAAUGAUUAUUCCGGGUAGUUUUACUGGUCUAUUGAAUUUUGUUUCUGUUGCGGGCUGGGUAUUUUAUUUCCUUACUUCAUUCGGACUUUUCAUCUUACGUUGGAGAGAACCUAACCUAAAAAGACCAUACCGAGUGUGGCUUAUUACACCCACAAUAUUUUGUUGUGUUGCAAUAUUUUUGGUGGUUAUGCCAUUUACACGAGUACCUUUAGAAUCACUUUCUGCGUUAGGAUUUAUUCUUGCAGGUGUACCGUUUUGGUGUAUAAGAGUCAAAUAUAGAGAAUCAUUUACUACUAAAG